GUCGUUCACUCGUUCCCGCCUUGCCGUUUUAAUUUUUAACGUUAUCGUAAACAAAGCGUUUCGGUACGCGGCUGGUACUACUCACGAGUUGACCAUCACGACUGACUUUCUGUAGUUAUUGUAACCCUUGUCAGAUUCCAUUUUUGUAUGCAUUCUUCAUAUUAUACAUCUCAGCGUCUCACUACUUUCUGAACUGUGACCUGUCACCACCAGUCAUCACUCGCCUUGUCGACGAACGACGUCUCGCAUCGCCGAUUUCAGUUUUUUGAAUGCUACAAGUACCGUCCCGAUCAUCUACAGUUUGGUAACAGCCGAUCGCGAUGGCCGAACGUCUUGAAGAUUUAAAUUUACCAGUGACGGCGAUCACCCGUAUAGCUAAGGAAGUGUUGCCGGCCAACAUCAUCGUAUCGAAAGAAGCUAAGACUGCAUUGGCCAGAGCAGCAUCCGUGUUCAUUUUGUAUGUGAGCAAUCAAGCCACCACGAUCGCAACGAGCAGGAACAAGAAGACAAUCAGUGCCCAAGACGUGCUGGAGGCGUUGGCCCAGGUCGAUUUCGAAUGUCUGAUCGAACCCUUACAGCAACUGUUGGAAGAUUUCAAGUCGACAAAACAACAAAAGAAGGAUACCAAAAAACCAACACCAAACAAAAAUGCAGACGAUGCAGACGUGAUUGAUUUGGUGGACGAUGAUCUGGAAUUGUGAUUUAUUACUAUUAAGUUCUUUUUUUUUAUCAUUUAUUAUUUUUAUUAUAAAAUGAUGUAAUUUCUAGAACAUUAAAAAAAAUAAAUGUAUAAUAAUAUGUUAACAUGGAUUAAUUAAAUAACAAUUAAUAGUAUAUGAAAAUAUAAUUUUGUAUAAGCUAAA